UCUCCCUAUAAAUACCAAAGAGGACGGCCUCGUUCACGUGUCGCCCCAUAUCGAACCUUUUCCCUUUCUGCCCACAGAUAAUCGCUCUCUUUCUCUCUCAGGUCUCCGCGGUUUCGUCUUUGAUUCGCGGACAAAAGGAGUUCGCCGUGGCUAUGGAUUCCACUCGAGCAUUUGUCAAGGAUGUCAGGCGUGUUGUCAUCAAGGUUGGUACUGCUGUUGUCACUCGAGCUGAUGGGAGAUUAGCAGUUGGAAGGAUUGGAACGCUAUGUGAGCAGAUUCAAGAACUGAAUUCAAGGGGUUUUGAGGUUGUUUUGGUGACAUCAGGGGCAGUUGGUGUCGGUCGGCAACGGCUUAGAUACAGGAAACUCAUCAACAGCAGUUUUUCUGACCUUCAAAAACCCCAGAAUGAACUUGAUGGGAAAGCUUGUGCCGCUGUUGGGCAAAAUGGUCUCAUGGCUUUGUAUGAUACCCUGUUCAGCCAGCUGGAUGUGACUUCUGCACAACUUCUAGUUACUGACAAUGAUUUCAAAGAACCAGCUUUUAGGAGGCAACUCACGGAGACUGUGAACUCUUUGUUGUCUCUGAAAGUCGUUCCUAUGUUUAAUGAGAAUGAUGCAAUGAGUACCAGAAAAGCCCCUUAUGAGGACUCGUCUGGAAUAUUCUGGGAUAAUGACAGCUUAGCUGGUCUACUGGCGCUGGAGCUAAAAGCUGAUGUUCUCAUCUUGUUGAGUGAUGUAGAUGGCCUUUAUAGUGGUCCACCAAGUGAUCCACAAUCCGAACUAAUUCAUACUUACAUUAAAGAAAAAUAUGAAGGGGCGAUAACUUUUGGAGACAAGUCGAGGGUGGGAAGGGGUGGCAUGACUGCUAAAGUAAAAUCUGCAGUUUAUGCUGCUGAUGCUGGUGUCCCUGUUAUCAUAACCAGUGGUUUUGCAGUUGACAAUAUCAUACAAGUUCUAAAUGGUAAGGUAAUUGGCACUCUAUUUCACCAAGAUGCUAGUAGUUGGGUCUCGAAAAUGGAUGAUGCACGUGAAAUGGCAAUAGCAGCUAGGGAAAGUUCAAGGCGGCUACAGGCUAUGUCUUCACGAGAAAGGAGUAAAAUCUUGCUCGAUCUAGCUGAUGCUUUGGAAGCACAUGAGAAGCUGAUAGUUGCUGAAAAUGAAGCUGAUGUUGAGGAUGCGCAGCAAGCUGGAUACGAUAAAUCUUUGGUAUCUAGACUGGCCUUGAAAUCUGGUAAGAUUUCAAGUCUUUCAAAUUCUAUCCGAGUUCUUGCAAACAUGGAGGAGCCGGUUGGUCGAGUUUUGAAGAGAACAGAGCUUUCCGAAGGACUUGUGUUGGAGAAGACAUCGUCUCCCUUAGGUGUCCUCUUGGUCAUAUUUGAAUCUCGGCCUGAUGCGCUAGUUCAGAUAGCUUCAUUAGCAAUACGGAGUGGAAAUGGGCUGCUGUUAAAAGGGGGGAAGGAAGCGAGACGAUCAAAUGCAAUCCUGCACAAGGUUAUUACUUCUGCCAUUCCGAAAAGCGUUGGACCUCGGCUAAUUGGGCUGGUGACUUCCAGGGAUGAAAUCCCUGAAUUGCUCAAGUUGGAUGAUGUAAUUGACCUUGUCAUUCCAAGAGGCAGCAACAAACUUGUUACUCAAAUAAAGACUUCAACAAAGAUUCCUGUCCUUGGUCAUGCUGAUGGUAUCUGUCAUGUUUAUGUAGACAAGUCCGCGAGUAGGGAUAUGACGAAGCAGAUUGUUUUGGAUGCGAAAACAGACUAUCCCGCUGCCUGCAAUGCCAUGGAAACACUGCUUGUUCACAAGGAUUUGGUUCAGGAUGGCUGCCUAAACGAACUUAUCUCGGAGCUUCAAUCCCGAGGUGUUUCGAUAUACGGCGGACCUCGAGCUAGCUCUUCGCUAAAACUUCCGGAGGCGAAUUCAUUGCACCAUGAAUAUGGUUCUCUUGCUUGCACUGUUGAGAUUGUGGAUGGCAUAAAUGAUGCCAUCGAUCAUAUACACCAGCAUGGAAGCGGACAUACUGACUGUAUUAUAACGGAAGAUCAGGAAGCUGCGGAAGUCUUUUUACGCAACGUCGACAGUGCUGCUGUAUUUCACAAUGCCAGUACAAGGUUCAGCGAUGGUUUCCGCUUUGGACUAGGCGCAGAGGUUGGCAUAAGCACAAGUCGCAUCCACGCCCGUGGCCCUGUAGGUGUCGAAGGACUUCUUACAACCCGUUGGAUUGCAAGAGGAAGCGGUCAUGUGGUGAACGGCGACCAAGGCAUCGCGUACACUCACAAGAACUUGAGCCUCGCCGCUUGAUGCCCACACCAAGUGGCUUCCUUGCCAUUGCCUGGUAUGAUCUUAUUCACUGCGAUUUAUGCUUUUAUACUAUUAUGGAGCAGUAUAUAUAUACUCCAUUUCUGCCCUGUCCAAUUCCCAUACCUAUAUUUCGACCGCGAACAAAAAGAAUAUCCAUUGUCGACGACAAUAGGGCUGCCAUUUAAUCGUACUUUCCUAUUGCCUAAUAUCAUUAUCAGAUACAAUAUCCUUA